ACGUACGUCAGUCAGUGUGGGCCGACCCGCGAUCCGUCUGUCGAUUUCUCGGAGUUUCUUGGACGUGUUUCUCGCGGAAGGAGGCUACCGUUUCUCGGUAAAGAAUUAUGUAUUCGAUCGUUUAAGCUCGCGCCGAUGCGCUACAAAAAAUCCAAGAGACGACUAGACAUUUUUUGCGAUCGCAUGCCUUGCAAAAAGGAAAACCAUUGGUUCCUAUACAUUCGUGUUCGCGCCCCGAUCAAUCUUCAAGAUCACAAUUCCCCCUGCGCGCUUAUCCUCUUAAUUGGGUCUUAUUGUUGGUAGGAUAAACGCUAAAUUGAUAGCGUACAGCCUGUUCUUUUAUCUCAAGAUACAGCGCGCUUGCUUGAUUAGGGGUGUACGAUUAUGGCAAAUACUCAAACUCCGGGUAUGGAUCCCUGGAUGAUUCAUCCAAGAGAACGAGCAAGAUAUCAACAACAAUUUGAGUCUUUGAGGCCGAUCAAUGGGAUUAUUACUGGCGUACAAGCAAAAGGUCUUCUCUUAAGAUCAGAACUUCCUCCUGUUGUUCUUGGUCAAAUAUGGACAUUAUCAGAUACGGAUGCAGAUGGAAAGAUGGAUAUAAACGAAUUUUGCAUUGCUUGCAAAUUGAUCACUCUAAAACUACAAGGGUUUGAAAUUCCUAAAACAUUACCUCCAUCUCUUAUUCAAAGUUUAAAGUCUGUUUCCACCACAGGUAAUAAUGCAGUUGGCUUAACUAAUGGUGCAGCUACUAUACCAACCCAAAAUAACAUUGCUUCCUUAGUUAAUUUGGGUGGCACUGGAAAUGUACCAGUGCAACCAUUAGUCGGUAUGGUACCGGUUAGUACUCCUCCGGCACGACCUUUGAUAGGCCCACCAUCCAAUGGAACAACAGGACGUCCAGCUACACCUGCAUCACCUAUGACUUUACCAGCAUCGCGACAAAAUAGACAGAAUGUGGCCAGCAAUAUACAUGCCACAACUCACACACCAUCAAAGCCACCUGCUCGACCUGCACCACCCUCUGUGGGAAUCGUGCCUUCCACAAGUACACCAAGCACUGGUCCACCUCAAAGACCAACACCACCUUCUAGUAUUGGAACUAAUUUUGCAACUGCCACAAAUGUUCCACCACCAAAGCCGGCACCACCUUCAUUUCCAAAUAGUCCAGUUGCUGCAAUGUCUCCAGCCAAAGUUCUGCCAACCGCUGCUACAUCUAUUGUACCUCCUAUUCAACCAAUUCAGCCAAUACAACCAAUGACAAGUUCUGCUAUAGAUUUACUCGAUCUUGAUUUAUCAGAAGGUGCUCCAGCAGUAGCUCCAAUUGCACCUUUAAACACAAAUCCAACUCCAAUUGCUGCCUUUGGUAUGGGACAAACAAUGCCAAUGCAACCACUCUGUACUAGCAUGGUUGCUCCAAUGACAGGAGGGAGUACUAUUAUACCAUCCAUUGCUCCAAUGGCUACUGGUACAGGUGUUGUAUCGACGUCUCCAGUUGUAGGUCUACCAUUAGUAUCAUCAACAACAAGCGGUGUGCCACCAGUAAAUGGUACAACUAUCCAUACACCAGUAUCCACAUGUACACCAUUAAGUACAACUGCUAGACCACCAAGUAUAGAUAGAGUGGGUUCUGUAGAUUCUCAGCAUAGUCAACAUUCAGUCGGAUCUCCACAAUCUAUAGAAUGGGCAGUACCUCAUCAAACAAAAUUAAAAUAUACUCAAUUAUUUAAUACGUGGGAUAGGACAAGAUCUGGAUUUUUGUCUGGGCCUCAAGCCAGGAAUAUAAUGGUGCAGUCACAAUUACCUCAAUCAAUACUAGCACGUAUAUGGGCAUUAGCAGAUAUGGAUUCCGAUGGCCGUUUAGGUUCCGACGAAUUUGUAUUGGCAAUGCAUUUAUGUGAUUUAGCUAAAGCAGGUGAACAAAUUCCCAAUACUCUUCCAUUGGAACUUAUUCCUCCCACAUUUAGACGACAACGUCAAGGCAGCUUGACACAAUCACAAGGAUCUAUAGAAAGUAUCGAUCCAUCUGCUGGUAUGCCACAGACUUCAUUUGAAGACAAACGAAAGGAGAACUUUGAAAAAGGACAAGCAGAACUAGAACGUAGACGUAAAGCUCUUUUAGAAAUCCAACGAAAAGAACAAGAGGAACGCGAACGAAAAGAGAGGGAGGAAGCAGAAAAACAAGAAAAGAUUAAAAUGGAGCAAGAAAGACGUCGACAAGCGGAAAUUGAGAAACAAAUGUUAAGGCAAAAAGAAAUUGAACAAGAAAAGGAAGAACAACGAAAACGUGCUCACGAACAGAGAGAAGCUGCAAGAAAAGAAAUGGAGAGACAGAGACACUUAGAAUGGGAAAAACAGAAAUCGCAGGAACUUCAAGCACAGAGGCAAAAGGAACAAGAUGUUUUACUUAAAUUAAAAGCGAAGAAUCAAACUCUAACUAUAGAGCUUGGAACAUUGAAUGAUAAAGUGAAAGAAUUAUCGCAAAAGAUUUGUGAUACUCGGGUUGGUGUCUCAAGUGUAAAAACAACGAUCGAUGGAAUGAGAUCAACUCGCGAUUCGCAAUUGCAAGAAACGAUAGUGUUAAAAAAUAAACUUCGUGAACAAAAUCAAAGGUUACUAGCACUUAGUCAGGAAAAAGCAAGAAUAGAAGCAAAGAAUAAACUAAACGCUGCUCAAGAUGCUGCAGGACAGGAAGCGAUAAAAAUGGCAUUCGAUAGCAAACAAAUAACUCUCAAGCAAAUGAAAGAUAAAAUUGCCGAUUUGCAACAACAGAUUGAUGCUAAAAUGUCUGAUAUAGAAAAUAAUAAUGGUCAACUUGAAGAUAUAAAAACGCAAAUGAAAAAUUUGGCAGCAGAUUGUAAAAAAUUGUACGUUACGUUUGAGGAGAAGAAAACGAAAGUUUUAGAACUGAGAGCAAGUAUUGGAACAGGUGUUGCAACAGAUUAUACAACAUCAGCGUGGGGUGACAAUGCUUGGGGCGACACUGGAACUACGAUUAAUGAUAAUGAUUGGCCUGUUAACGAUACCGCUAUUAUUACAAAUACAACAGAAAAGCCUAAUGCGGGAGUUAUGAAAUACAGAGCAUUAUAUGAAUUUGUAGCAAGGAAUCAAGAUGAAAUUUCAUUUCAACCUGGUGAUAUUAUUUUGGUACCACCUGUUCAAAAUGCAGAACCUGGAUGGAUGGCUGGUGAAAUACGUGGUCAUACCGGUUGGUUCCCGGAAUCGUAUGUCGAACCAAUAGAUUCUAAUGUUAGUACUGACAGCACAUUCAUGCAGCAGGAUAGCGUCGAAAAGCGAACAUUAGAAGGUAUCGCUGAAGUUCCCGAAAAUGUCUCCGAUGCAGGAUCUCUCGGUGGUGAAGCUCCUACAGUUGAAGCUAUAGUACCAACCUUAGGAUUAGGUAUUGCUUGUAAUAUACAAGCAACUGCCUUGUAUCAGUACCGUCCUACUACGGAACAACAUCUUUCUUUAGAUAAAGGAGAUGCUAUUAACGUUAUUGAACAACAGAAUGAUUGGUGGUACGGUGAAUUAAGUAAUGGAAGUAAAGGUUGGUUCCCUAAAUCAUAUGUAAAAGAAACUAUUACUAAUGAUAAAGAUCUUGUUGCUUCUGUGGAUGAUGGUCUCAACGAAUAUUAUGUUGCACUUUACCAAUAUGCUUCAACCGAAACUGGUGAUCUUAGUUUUAAUCAGGGUGAAGUUAUUUUAGUCAUCAAAAAAGAGGGAGAUUGGUGGACAGGAUGCAUAGGAGACAGAACUGGAAUUUUCCCUUCCAAUUACGUAGAGAAAUGCGAUGCACCUAUUCAGGAUGUUCCUUUGUCUACUAAUGCUACUGAACAAAAUACCACUGUAAUUACUAAUGCAAUAGAAAGUCAAGAAGAUACAACUGUUACCACAGCGCAAACGCCAUCACAAUUGGAAAAAACUGCAGAACAGCUCGAAGAUGAGAGAGCAGCUGCGGAAGAUAGAGCAGAGUUACCUGACUUCACUGCUAUGUCUGCUCAACAGUAUCACAAGAGAGGAAGAAAGCCUGAAAUUGUACAAGUUAUUGCGCCCUAUCAAGCUACUAGUGCUGAGCAAUUAGAUCUACAGAGAGGACAAUUAAUAAUGAUUCGUAAAAAAACGGAUAGUGGAUGGUGGGAAGGAGAACUUCAGGCACGUGGAAAAAAGAGACAAAUUGGUUGGUUCCCAGCAUCUUAUGUUAAACCACUAACUAGUAGCAGUAAUAGAAGUACACCAGUUUCUCACGGAUAUCAAGAUUCACCAACAGAUCCAAAUGUUGAACGUGUUAUGGCUUUGUAUCCGUACCAGGCACAAAAUGAAGAUGAAUUAACGUUUGAGAAAGGUGAUGUUAUAACAGUGCUUGCCAAAGAUGAAGCAACAUGGUGGAAAGGCGAAUUGAAUGGAGUUUCUGGAGUCUUUCCUAGCAAUUAUGUCUCUCCUAUGUCAAGUAAGCUGACAACUGAACUAUUGAUGGCAAGGCUUGAUCCAAUGGAGAGAAAACGUCAAGAGUAUAUAAAAGAACUUAUUACAACUGAACAAGCAUAUAUAGAAGACAUGAGGCUAGUACAUGAGGUAUUUGAAAAACCUCUCAUUGAAAGUCUAGUUUUAACUUUAGAUGAGGUGGAUAAAAUCUUUGUAAAUUGGAGAGAUAUUAUAGCCUGUAAUGAUAAUUUUUUAAGGACUUUAAGAAUAAGAAGAGAAAACAGUGAAGGUGGAAUUGUUAGAAUGAUUGGUGAUAUUUUAUGUGAAAAUAUACCAAGAAUGUCAGCUUAUAUACGAUUUUGUAGUUGUCAAAUAUCUGCUGCUGUAUAUCUUCAACGAUUAACAGAAACUUUACCAGAAUUUGUUGAAGUUGCACAUGUUUGUCAGCAAGAUCCAAGGACCAAAGGAAUGCCACUUAGUUCAUUUUUAAUUAAACCUAUGCAAAGGAUCACAAAAUAUCCACUUAUUAUUAAUAAAAUUUUAGAACAUACGCCACAUGAUCAUCCAGAUAGACAAUAUCUUCAAGAAGCAUUAGCUAAAGCUGAAGAAUUUUGUACACAAGUAAAUGAAGGUGUAAGGGAAAAAGAAAAUAGUGAUAGAUUAGAAUGGUUGCAAAAUCAUGUCGUAUGCGAUGGUCUUGAAGAACCACUUGUAUUUAAUUCUUUAACUAAUUCACUAGGACCAAGAAAAUUAUUACAUUAUGGUAUUCUUCAUAAGGCCAAGAGUGGAAAAGAACUCGUUAGUUUUCUAACAAAUGAUUUUUUAUUAUUUGCACAACCAACGAAAUCUUUGCCAAGUGGACAACAAUUUUCGUUCGAGCGUAACGAGCACCAAAGAUUUAAAAUGUAUAGGAAGCCGAUAUUUCUUAAUGAAUUAUCAUUGCUAUCCGAUUUAGAUACAAGUGGAAGUGGAAGUGGAAGUAUAAAUGGAUUUGAAGUCUCGGAUAAUACAUCCAAAACUUUGAGACUUAGAGAUUCAAAAAAGCCAAUAAUAUUGGUGGCACCAUCCGCGAGUGAAUGUUCAUUAUGGAUGAAAAGAAUUACAGAAGCACGCAAAACAUUUAUGGAAAAUGAGAAGACACGUUUACAGAGACAGCGAUCUAUUCGUAGGAGACCACCUCAAGGCUAUCUUCGAUUAGUUGUAGUGGAAGCUGAAGAACUUAUUAUAAAAAAAAGAGGAAAAUGUAAUACAUUCUGCAAAGUUUCAAUGGGAUCCCAAGAAGAAAGAACUAGUGUUGUUUCAGGGACAGAUUGUCCUUUAUGGGAUACAUCUAUGCAGUUUCAAGUCAAGGAUUUACUCGAAGAUACUCUUUGCAUCACAGUAUUUGAUAAAGGCUAUUACAGUCCUGAUGAAUUUUUGGGCCGUGCAGAGAUUAAGGUAGCAGAUAUCAUGAGAGACAGUAAAGAUUCUUGCGGACCUAUUCUACAACGGUUCAGGUUACGAGAAGUUGAAAGAGGUGAUGUUAUAUUAAAAUUAGACCUUCGUUUAUUCGGUAGUAGAUAAAAGGUAAACUAUCAUUUUUCAUUAUUUUUAAAUAUAAUAAUAUAUUUUUUAUUGACAAAUACACGUACAAAUUUAUGACGUUAAAAAGCGCUCACUGCCAGAGAAAUAAACUUUUAAAUGAGUCGUUAUCUUUGCAAAGAGAUGUGUGUUUCUAAAGAUUGAUCACAAGAUUUUUUCAUAAGGAAUAAAUGUAUUAAUGUUUGUCAUUGAUCAUAGACUAUGAACAAAUUUGUAUCGUAAUAUUUUAUAUCUAAUAUUUUUAAUGACAAUGUGAUAUACGAGAAUUAAAGAUAGUUCAAUCAUUUGCAAUCAUGAAUCGAUAUAAUAUUAGAAUUGCUGAAAAUAUUUUAAUUGUUGUGAACAAACUUAUUGAUUCCUGUUUUUAUAUAAUCAUUUAUACAACAAAAUCAAAGAGUAAUCAAAAAUAGUUGAAUUAUUUUUUCUUACUUUUUUUUUUUGUAAUACGUAAAGGUUUUUCCGGCGGAUUAACAUAUGUUCAGUAUUAUAUAAAUAUUAUAAAAUGCAUGCUACAUGUAAGAUUCAUGUGCGAUAUAUAUAUAUAUAUAUAUAUAUAUAUAUAUAUAUAUAUAUAUCAAUAUAUGAAUGUACAGUUUAUAAAAUGUUAUAUAUUAUAUAUAUUAUAUAUUAUCUAUAAUAUAUUAUAUAUAUUAUACUAUAUAUAUUAUACUAUAUAUUAUAUUAUAUAUAUAUUAUAUAAUAUAUAUCUAUGCGACAUAUAAUUGUAAAGAUUACUUUUUGUACUAAAUGUAUUAGAGACAACAUUUCAUUUACAAGAGCGUUUAUAUGAAUAAAGAGAGAAUAAAGAAUAAAAUUGUUUAGGAUUUUAUUCGUGAUAUGUUAUAUCUAUGGCUGCUAUUGAAAAACAUCGAUGUAUUUUACAAUUACAUUAUUAAUAUGAAAGAAAAUUUAAUACAUAAAUAUAAUAUAUACUAUUACAUAGAUAUUCUACACUCUUCAGUCAACGUGAUACUUGCGAUCUACAAGUACGUAUAUAUAAAUAUAUUUUAAUAUAUAAAUUAUAAUAAUUAAAUAAAUACGUGUAAUUAAUAUUAUUAUCACGAGAUACGUUCCGAUUUAAUUUCAUAUAUGAUCUUAAUACACAAAUGAGAAAUAUCUCGUGAAGAUUGUAUAGUAUUUCAUAAAUGAAAUGAGACAUAUCGAUCAUUAUUCAUAUGGUUUUUAUAUACUUAAUAAAAGAAGCUUCAAUGAUCCUGAUACAAUUGGUAUCAUCGAAGAACUAAGGCACUCUAA